CUAUAAAUAUAAACCCCCAAUUUUCAACCAUUUUUGCUUCUGCAAAAUCAUCUUCUAUGCUCAAUAAACUCCUAAUUUCUUCAUCAUCUUCCUCAUUUCGGUACUUGUGUAAAUCCACUAAGCCCUUUUUUCGUCAACCCAUCCGUGUUCUUCCCAUGGCUGAACAACAAUCAUCAUCAUUCAGUACUUCUUCACAGACCCAUAAACAUACCAAUCGUCUCGCUUCUGAACAUAGUCCUUACCUUCUUCAGCACGCUCAUAAUCCGGUUGAUUGGUAUCCAUGGGGUGAGGAAGCGUUUGCUGAAGCUCGUAAAAGAGAUGUCCCAAUCUUCUUAUCAAUUGGUUACAGUACAUGUCAUUGGUGUCAUGUUAUGGAAGUUGAAUCUUUUGAAGAUGAAGAGGUAGCCAAAUUGCUAAAUGAUUGGUUCAUUAGCAUUAAGGUUGAUAGAGAGGAGCGUCCAGAUGUUGAUAAGGUGUACAUGACAUAUGUGCAAGCUUUAUAUGGUGGUGGUGGCUGGCCACUAAGUGCCUUCCUUUCACCUGAUUUGAAGCCCUUGAUGGGUGGGACUUAUUUUCCUCCAGAAGACAAAUAUGGAAGGCCGGGAUUUAAAACUAUACUUAGGAAAGUGAAGGAAGCGUGGAAUAGCAAGAGAGAUACACUUAUCCAGAGUGGGGCGUUUGCAAUAGAACAAUUAUCAGAAGCCUUGGCAGCAACUUCAACAUCAAAUAAGCUCUCAGAUGAGGUUCCGCAAACCGCACUGCGUAAAUGUGCUGAUCAUCUAGCAGAAAGCUAUGAUUCAAAAUAUGGUGGUUUUGGUUCUGCACCCAAGUUUCCCAGGCCAGUUGAGAUGCAGCUGAUGCUUUACAACUCAAAGAGGUCUGGAGAGACUGGAAACUCAGGUGAAGCCAAGAAUGCUCUAAAAAUGGUCUUAUUCACUUUAGAAUGCAUGGCGAGGGGUGGUAUCCAUGAUCAUGUUGGCGGUGGUUUUCACAGAUACAGUGUAGAUGAAUGCUGGCAUGUUCCACAUUUCGAGAAAAUGUUAUAUGAUCAAGGUCAACUUGUUAAUGUCUAUUUGGAUGCCUUUAGUAUCACAAAGGAUGUGUAUUAUUCAAGUUUGUCUCGUGAUAUACUUGACUACCUGAGAAGGGAUAUGAUUGGUCCUAGUGGUGAAAUAUAUUCGGCUGAAGAUGCUGAUAGUUAUGAAUCUGAAGGUGCCUCACGGAAAAAGGAGGGUGCUUUCUAUGUCUGGACUAGUACUGAGGUUGACAACAUAGUAGGCGAGCAUGCAACACUCGUCAAGGAUCACUACUAUAUAAAACCCUCAGGUAAUUGUGAUCUUUCAAGAAAGAGUGAUCCACAUAAUGAAUUCAAGGACAAAAACGUGCUAAUAGAAAGAAGUAGUACCUCUGCAAUGGCAUCAAAACAUGCUUUGCCUGUUGAGGAGUAUCUUGAUAUCCUAGGAAAUGCUCGCCGAAAACUUUUUGAUGUGAGGUCGAAACGUCCCCGACCGCAUCUGGAUGAUAAGGUUAUUGUAUCAUGGAAUGGACUAGUGAUUUCAUCUCUGGCCAGGGCGUCAAAAAUCCUGAAGGGAGAACCAGAGGGAACAAGAUUCUACUUUCCAGUGACGGGCACCAAUCCCAAGGAGUACAUGGAUGUCGCUGAGAAAGCAACAUAUUUUAUUAGGAAACACCUUUAUAAUGAACAGACGCGCAGGCUGCAGCAUAGCUUCAGGAAUGGUCCCUCCAAAGCACCUGGAUUUCUAGAUGAUUAUGCAUUUUUGAUAGCAGGUCUACUGGAUCUUUAUGAAUUCGGCGGUUCAGUCUUCUGGUUGGGUUGGGCACUCAAACUUCAGGAGAUACAGGAUGAGUUAUUUCUCGACAAAACUGGAGGAGGUUACUUUAACACAACUGGUGAAGAUCCUUCUGUUCUUCUACGUGUGAAAGAAGAUCAUGAUGGGGCUGAGCCUUCAGGGAAUUCCGUUUCUGUGAUUAAUCUAGUGAGAUUGGCCUCUAUGGUUGCUGGUGAAAAAUCAAAACUUUACAGAGAGACCGCAGAACAUGUCCUGGCGGUUUUUGAGAAGAGAUUGAAAGAUGCAGCUGUUGCUGUGCCACUGAUGUGCUGUGCAGCAGAUAUGCUGGCUAUUCCGUCCAGAAAGCAAGUAGUUAUAGUCGGAGUAAAGUCUUCUGAGGAGUUUGAAAACAUGGUUACUGCUGCUCAUGCAGCAUAUGAUCCUAACAAGACGGUGAUUCACAUUGAUCCCGCGGAUGCGGAAGAGGUGGCAUUUUGGGAAGAAACUAAUGGAAAUAUUGCUCUGAUGGGGAAAAACAAUGCUGCUGCGGACAAAGUGAUAGCCCUUGUUUGCCAAAACUUCACAUGUAGUCCUCCAGUCAGUGAUCCAAAAGCUCUUGAAUCGUUGCUCUCGCAGUAGAUAAAUUCCAAAAGUAGUUCAAGUGUGUGUACAUAAAGUGGCGAAAAACAAACUGGAGAGACGGAGAUCCGUUGUUGGUUAUGUGUUGCAAUAAGUCUCUUGCUAUGGUGGUUAUGAAUUCUUGUGGAUCAACUGAUCACUAUACUGCAGUUCAUUAGUUCAAAGCAAUGUAGAUGAAAACUAGAAAUAAAGGUCACUUGUGAGUUUAAUGAAUGUUUACACUUGUAUAGUUGGGUCAAUCCUGGUGUUGGAGAAUAUUAAGUUUAUUAUUUAACAUUAACAGUUGGAAUAAAUGCAAAAGGUUGUGUUUAUUUUGUAGUUUCCCUUUAUCUAAGGGGUUGGUUAGCGGAUAAGUUAUUUAUGUAUUAAAUUUUGUAUAAAUUAUAUCAUGUUUUGUAACUUUUUUUCCCACUAUGUAUAAGAUAAAUUCGAUGUUUGGUUUGUAA